AUGGCCGCAAGAACACCCGACUGGCAGUUUGGCGACAUCAUCUACCUUCUCGAUACAGGGCGGAAAAACAUACAGCACUACGACUGGGAGAACGAAGAAAACGUCGAGCCAGUACCUAUCCCUUCUACUUCGACAACUCUCGUCGACGGUGAUGUCUCGUCGGUGUCUAAUGAAUCUGAAGAGAGCACCACAGUGUCUAAUCCGUUCCCGCACUUGUUCGACGCAUCCGAGAAGGCAUGCCGGAACCGUAUCGCUAUCACCAUUCAAAGCGGGCCAGAGGUCAACAAUACUGAUGAUGUCAGGUUUGAUGGUUUUGUUGCGCGCUUUCAGGUUGGCGAAUGGACGCUCAUGAAGGGUCGGUCGACGGAAUCGGAGAGACAGGCGAUGGUUGAGCUUUUUGCCAGGGUGCAUAGCCUGGCGCAGAAGUAUCGCGAGAAGGAUGAGGAGGACCGUGUGAAGGCCGAGGAAAGGCGUAUAGCGAGGGAGAAAGAGGCUGAAGAGGCGGUUGUCGAGUAG